UUUAUAUCCUGGGCAAUACUUUUCAGAAUAAAAAAAUGUGGGACAAGCCACUACACAAUGGUACAAAGGUGUACCAUCCCGCUCCUCCUGCACUUCUCUUUUCUGCGAUCACUUCCCAGUAGCCCCUUUGUCACUAAAGCCACCCAAGUCUGCGUUGUGUGCCAUUCCUCACAAUGCCUAUCACCGUGUCGUUGAUUAACCAGCAGCAAUGCUACGCUGGAAAUGACCGAAUCAGAGGUCGCAUCGUCUUUCAAUGUUCCACCCCAACGGAGAUUCAGGACAUUCGGGUGACAUUCUCCGGGCGCGCAAAGGCAAAGGUGCAGAAGACCAAGGGAUCCGCAGCCCCUGCCGCCAGCUAUCGAAGCAAGUGUAUGCUUUUCGAAAAGGAGAGGAUCCUAUGGCACCCCAAUGGCGAUACAGUUGCCCCUGAUACGUAUGAAUGGCCAUUUGAGUUUGUCUUUCCAUCACAUGUCCAAUCCGCGUCAUCAAGAUGGCCAGAAACUUUGCCUUUCCGCAGCGACGCAAAUCAUCCCUUGCCACCAACCUUUGCAACGCAAACUCAUGAUUCUUUGCGGAAGCUGGAGUGCACCAUCGAAUACCGAAUUCACGCCCAAGUGUUUAGACCACAGCGAGGGAUUCUAGGGAGAAAGUCACCAUUGUUCUCUGAGGUCAUACGAUUGAACUUUUUACCGCUGGAAGCUAGAUUGGAAUUGAAGAGCACAGAUGACUACCCCACAACAUAUCAGCAACAGAAGGAGCAGCUGUUUAAUAUUCGAAGCAUGCUUCUACUCCCAGAAAACAGGGGAAGAAGCUUGAAGGUGCAGGAGAAGAUCCAGUCAUGGCUUUCACCUGGUCAACUGCCUCGGUUCAGCUUCAAAGCGUCUUUUUCCUAUCCCACACGUCUGGUACAAUCUACACCAAUUCCAUGUUUUUUAAAUAUUACGCCGUUUAUGGAGGACUCUUCCGUUACAUCACCUCCCGACAUUGUGAUGCAAUCUUUGACCCUCUCCAUGGUCAGUCAAACUGCCGCUCGGGCCGCUCCGUCUCUAAUGGGAACAUUAUCGGGCCAAGUUGACGAGCGGAUUGAGAUACUAUCACGGACGUCGCUCGGUAUGCCAGUCAUGGGUAAAGUGGACUUAGCACAGGCUUUUGGGCCUCUUAGAAUCAGACAUACGGAUGUAUUUUUCCGCACAUUCAACAUCAGCAGGACGUAUCGGUUGUGCGCGUCAUUUUCAUUUGAAUGUGCGGGGAAAACAAGUACCUUUGAUAUUCCUGAUCUUCCUGUGGAGCUAUUGGCAAACUCUCGAGAACCAGCAAAAGCUACCCAAAGCUUCGAAGGGCACGUUGCGGAGGCAGAUAGCCCGCCGCCGUAUGCAUCUGCUUCAACUCUGUCAACGUCAUCAAUAACAACGCCUGAUAAAGCCUGAGUAAUGCUACGUUUCUCUCAUCGGCUCUAUGCCUAGCGUGCUAUCUUCGGUAACUGCUCUAGACCCGUCAGUUAGGAGACUCGGGGACGAAACAAUGGCUUGUGGAAGAUGGACCAAGACAGUGAGGACAAGCCCG